AUGCAUUCGAUCAACCUGGACAACUGUGAAGGGGAAGGAUUGGCGAACCCGACGAGAAGCAAUCUCUCCCCGGUCGAGGACGGUGAACCCACGCGUGAAGAAAGACUGGACGAAACGGAUGAGAAUGAUAACAGCAGCAAAAGCCAACGCAUUAUCCAAAUGAGCUCAUCAGCGUAUGACCGAAUAUUCCACAGGACGGAUCGGAUGUCGGAGCGAAAAUCUUCCUCCGUGUUAAGCUCUCCCGGUCCAUCCUCAUCGCUAAAAGAGCCAGAAAUGAAGCGAGAAACACCGACAGCUGGUUCUCCACAGAGCAACAUAAUUUUUCAUCGCACCUACAAUAAAAAAUCCUCCCAGGUGGUGUCUCGCGAAAAAGCGCUAGAAAAUUACCCAGGGCAACUGUCAGCGACGGCACGGCGUCCUGUGAUUUGUGUCGAGGAUAUUCGAUUGCGUAUUGGUUUGCCGAAUCGCCAUGGUAACGUGCUCUUUCGAUCUGACGUCUCAAGCCAUACCGACGACGGCCCGAUCAGUCGAAUCAACAAUUCUCAGUCUUGCAUCAUUCGGAGGUCGUUUCACAAGGAAAGCCUCAUGUCGUGUGGCAUUGCCAAGAUUCGUCUAGAGCAGGAUGCGUCGCGCUCGGACGGUGGUAAAGAUGGAAGUCGCAAACGUGUCAGUUAUUCUUACGGUAAGAAGGAUCGCCCGGUGACGCAACUAACGUUUAACUCAGAAAGCGGAACAGUUCAAUGCGAACAACCUUCCGCCGAAGAUAUGGAGAUUGGUGAAGAACCGGUAGGCCAAGAAUUUGUAACGUACAAUGCAGAAGAAGCGGUCGAGGCCAGCUCAAUGGCCAACUCGUACGGUGAUGAAGAUAGUUCCGGUUGGUCAAAGCAUUUCUCCACCCGACACAGUAUGGCACACCGUCGCCAUGCGUCGGCGGACGAUGGUCAACCGACGUCACUCAGCGAGUUUGAUCUAAUGUUGCAAAAGAUCAACCAAAGCGUACCACCCAUGUCGCACCUGGAUCGUAUCGACCAGUGGCGCGUAACGCCGGAAGAUUUGCUACAUUCGAUCCCGACCAAGGCUCAGAUUGAAACCAGCUCCUCUUGGUCGUGUGCCAAGCGUCCCUACUAUUACGAUGCCACCAACGGAUCGAGCGAUGAAGAUUCGGACACACUGGAAGAUACUGCUGGAGCGGCUGGUGCAUCCGGAGGACCUUGCACCAGUGCGGGACUGCAAGCGAGAAGCGUUAAAAAGAGACGUCCGAUUGAUGAUGGUGGCGCACCGUUAGAAUCACCCAACACUGCCAUAGCUAACCCGAUGUCGGCAACAUUGCAGCUUUGGAACGGCGCUGGGCACAAUGACGGUAAAGGUUUGGAUUUUCGGAAAAGUCAAGUUAAUCCGGAAAUUGAUAAACCAACCAAACAGAACGGAGUAGCGCCGGAUUCAAGUCAAGUUUUGGUACGGAAAAAUUAUUACAAACUACCUACGCGCUAUCGUGCUAGUAUGGAGCGCGAGCGGGAGGGUGAUCAGAUAGAAGAAUCGGACCUUGCUGGCACCAGCUUGCCGUCCUACAAAGCCAACCCGUACGCCUAUCUGCUGAGUCGGGAUGAGGAGGAACGAGAGAAAUUUUUGCAGUAUCUACGCAUUAGUCCAGUGUUUCGUACGGAUGAGCAGGUGGCGACUGGAACGCGAAUCAGAGGCCCGGUGGAGAAAUGUAGUGCUGCUGGAGUGACCGGGACGAAUGAAUCCAACGCAAACAUGAUAAACCCCACCAAUGUCGUCAGCUCGUCGAAACCAAAGACGAAAUCGCGGCCGAAAGUGAAACAAACCAAGAGGAAACCAACCUCCAAACAUAGAGCCCAUCCGUCGAUAAUUGCCAGCAGUGGGCUGCGAGGUGUUCGGCGGCUCGUUCUCAGUAGUUCGCUGCGUAGCGGAAAAGUAAUACGCUACAGAAACAACCGUUCACAUGAACGACAUGUCGCCAAAUCGAGAAGAAGGCCAAUACCGAAGAGUAUCUCCAGCGUUCCGUCCGUUCAGAAGAAGCAAACCCAACCUUCUCUUUCUACUGAGAAAGAUGUGGAAAAUCAGGAAAAGUGCCAUCCGGAUGGCAAAAUUGAUCAGCAGCAGCAGGUCGCUGCUUCACUACCUUCGACGUCAUCUUCCACAUUGAUGGGCAAGAAGGGGAAAAGUGCAACGCAACGCAACCGCUGUUCCGUGGAUAGUGCGGUCAGCAGCUCUACCAGUGCCGAAAUGCAUGCCGAACAGCAACAGCCGGUGGGUAACCGAUCGAAAGAAUGUCAAACGAUCGAAACCAUCCCACCGGACCAGGCACCGGCCCCCGUACCCAUUAUCAACGAAGGCAAGCGCAUGCGAAACCCUCUGAAUCGGGCGGAAGGUGACGUGCUGCACCUGUUCCUGCUCGGCGAGCAGCUCGUUGUGGUGCAGAAGGAACUCGUCAGCUUUUGGCGCUAUUCGCGACUGUGCUUAUUUCUGGGCGUGAAGCAGGAAUGGCAACGUCGCGCUCAAAUUCGACGCUGGAAUCAUGAUACGGAGGUGGAUAUGCAGAAUGCUCGUCGUAUCGUGUUAAACAAGCAAGAUCCCAUUUACCUCGAACCAAGGGCGAGGAAUUUGAGUGAAGACAAGUCUCGCAUAUGCCCGCUAGCGUCGAUCUACGUGAAUGCGUACUUUCUUGAUACCGUGGCCGUACCAAAGGUGACAAAGGUUAGUGAUGGUAACGUUCCAAUCGCAGCUGGAGACGAUAAUGUCGACGAGAAUGGUGCAGAUGAAUUCGACGAACUGUUGCGGUUGAAAUCAUUUCAGUUAGAUACAGUCAAAAGCUCAUUGGAUGAUAUUCGGUUUUUGCCAUUACCGAACACCCGCGACUUUCUCAUCAGUUGGCACGAGCACGUGUCACAGCUAGAAUCACGCACGGGACUGUGCAAGUAUAGUCUGACAGCGGAUCUGCAAACGUUGGCCUGCAUCCGAGAUUUUAUGCCCGUCAAGCAAAAGCUAACUACAAUUAAAUGCAUCAACGACAAAAAGCUGGUCGGAAUGGGACACACCACGAUACACAUCUGGUGUUACGAGAGCGGUUUCAUCCUUCACACGGUCGAUUUGAAGCUGGAGCUGGGAAUAAACAUUUGUUGUUUCCUACACAUUGAAGAGAACAAUGACAAUACGCUAUUAAUGCUGCAAAUGCACCAGUCGGAUGAUCCUGGAACGAGCCAUAAUCGCAGACUGCUGAAAGUGAUUGCCCUCAACCUGUACAAAGUGACAUGGUACAUUGCGCACAGCUAUGAGAUUGCACUGGCAUCGAAGAGUAUUACCAGUGAAAGCCAACAGUGGGCACUGGACGAAAACAAUGGCUGUCAUCGACAAUGUUUAACGUUCGACAGUGGAGAAUUGCUGAUGGUCAGUCUGAAUGAUCCUACCGUUUGCUGGACGAACCAUCAACGAUUGCACAAGGAUCUGCAGCGUGCGGAAAAUGGAUCACUACACAUUUACAGCCGACUGCGCAGUAACGACGGUGGCAGUGAUCUAUACCGCCCGCGCGAACGCAUACUGAACGCAGGCCACUGGAACGGUGGACGUGAUUUGGUGUUUUUGAGCGAUCAAUUCCUUACUGUUAAGACGAUCGAUGAGUACAUGGUGGAAGAAGGUAAACGAUAA